UCUCCCCCUCCACGCCCACACCAGCACUGACUCAACUUGAGAAUCGCUGUUUUCUUUUCGACGAUCUAAUACAUAAUAAUUGAAUUAAAAUCGUCGGAAAACCCCCAGCUGUGAUAGCAACAAGUAUCCCCAGAAAGCAAAGUAAAUCGAAGAGCAAUAUUCCCCACACACGCAGUCACGGGCGCUCAAGCACACACCCACACAAGCGCACACAAAGUCGAAGGGGCGACAACAACAACAAAAAAAGUGUGGAAAAGCCCCAAAACCAAGAGUUUUCUCGUUUUAUUUGAGAGCAAUAGGUCACAGGAAAAUGCCAACCAAGGAGCGCAACAUUGCCAUGAUGGGCUACCGAUCAGUGGGCAAAUCGUCGCUCUGCAUACAGUUCGUGGAAGGCCAGUUCGUGGACUCCUAUGACCCCACCAUUGAGAACACCUUCACGAAGAUCGAGCGUGUCAAAUCGCAAGACUACAUAGUGAAGCUCAUCGACACGGCCGGCCAGGACGAGUACAGCAUAUUCCCGGUGCAAUACAGCAUGGACUACCACGGCUACGUCCUAGUUUACUCGAUAACCAGCCAAAAGUCCUUUGAGGUGGUCAAGAUCAUCUACGAGAAGCUGCUCGAUGUGAUGGGCAAGAAAUAUGUACCUGUGGUGUUGGUGGGCAACAAGACCGAUCUGCACCAGGAACGAACCGUUUCCACGGAGGAGGGCAAGAAGCUGGCCGAGUCCUGGCGAGCAGCAUUUCUCGAAACGUCUGCCAAACAGAACGAGUCCGUGGGAGAUAUAUUCCAUCAGCUACUGAUCCUGAUCGAGAACGAGAACGGCAAUCCCCAGGAGAAGAGCAGUUGCCGCGUAUCGUAGGGCGCCUGGAUAUCCAGAAAUACGGCCGAACUGUUGGGAAUACGGCGAAUCGCUAUGGCAAUACGAAAAUCGAUUAUCUCUUAUCUACACAGUUGGGCCAGCGUGCACUGGCGGGGGCGGGCCGUGCCCCUUGUGCGCAGCAGGAAAAUCUAAAAAACUAAUAGACCUAAUAGCUUUAAGUCCACACAGCAAGUAACCAACAUCAAGCGGCUUAGAUGCGUCCGCUAACGCUGCCCAGCAGGUUUUGUGGUUCGCGUUUAGCGCAACACAACAGGUUUAAGUUAGUACACUUUUUUCACAACAACAAUUCAGUUACAAAGUUCAUAUACAAAUUCUACCAACAUUUUGUUUUUAGUUUCAAUUUAAAUAUAAUUUUUCCAAGUACAAACAA